AUGGAGACGUUUUACGAUAGGCAAGUGUUGUCGUGGAGCAAAUUGUUGCUUUCGAUAUCUGGUCUCUGGCCGGAAAGUCACAACGAUUUUCGUUUUUUUUUUUAUGCUACAUAUAUCAUAAGUUGUACGUUAUUAUUAAUCGUGAGCUUAGUGCAAAAUAUGUACGAUAUUGAAAAAAUGAUGAGAAACAUCACGUUUACUCUUCCAAGUAUCCUAAUUGUGUUGAAGAACAUGAUGUUUCGCUGGAAAAAAGAUCAAUUAUUGCCUUUACUGACAGUGGUGAGAGGAAACGUGAAGAAAGGGCUUUAUCGUAAUUCAGAUGAGAAGGAUAUAAUGAUUUGGUACAAUGUAGCGGCAACAUUAUUUACUACCUCUUCAAUGACAUCAUUAUUCUUUGUGCCUACAUUGUAUUAUAUAAAACCUAUUCUCGAAUGUAUUCUAUCCAGUUCCGGCAAUUGUACUCUUCCAUACGAGCUACCGAUUCAUAUAAAUUCAAUUUAUGAAAUAUCGGGGAUGCGUUCAUACGCGUUAUUUUGCAUAUAUUUAAUGCCGUCCAGCACACUCUUAACUAUCGGUGCGACUGGAGCGGACAGUGUCUUUGUCUCCUUGACGUUUUAUCUCUGCGGCCAGCUAUCAAUUCUUGGUUAUCGGUUGAAAAACAUUGAUUACAUGUCACCAAAGUGUGAUUAUGAAAUUAAGACUUUUACGGAGCAACAUGCAGAGCUCUUGCGAUUAGCAAACAUUUUGACAAAUACAUUUAGUUCACUCAUGUUUAUACAGACAAUGGGUCUGAUUUUUUCUUUGUGCAUCGUGGCAUAUCAACUUCUUAUGACCGCCAAAAAUGGAAAAGAAAUGAACGAGAUUAUUUAUUUUCUAAUAUAUUCCGGAGCGGUGGUGUUAUUGGCAUUUUGCUAUUGUUUUAUAGGAGAAUGUUUAAUUAGUGAAAGCACAGCAUUAGAUUGGAUAUGUUAUUCAACAAAAUGGUAUGAAUUGCCAAUUGAAUCUGUACGUCUUUUAAUGAUAUGCAUGACUCGAUCGCAAAAACCAUUAUAUUUAACAGCUGGAAAGUUUUAUGUCUUUUCCUUGGAAACAUUUGGCAUGAUCUUAAAGGCAUCUGCAGCUUAUCUUUCGGUUUUAAAAACUAUUACAAUGUCAAAACUGGGGAUAAAUCCUGAUAAAGAAUUAUUAGAAGACGACCUUUUAAAAGACAUGGACAUGGAACAAGACAUUCAGCUGCAAGAUGCAGCUGAAAAAAUCAAAAAGCUUGAAGAAGAGUUGGAAUCUUUAAAAAAAAAG